CUUGGUGCUUCCUCCGUUGCUCGGGCGUGGAGUGGAGGCUUAGACUCAAUAUUCAAUGGUGCAAUAAAAAAUUCUACUCUCAAGCAUAUAGGAUAUUUAAGUCAUGAUAAUGUGUGGUUGUCGGACUAUCCAGACUUUGUGGCGUUUGCGGCAACUGUCGUGGUUUUUAUUGUAGUGGCAACAGGGGCCAAAUUUGCCAUGAACUUUAACAAUAUCUUCACAAUAAUCAAUUUAAUAGUCAUAGUGAUAAUUAUUGCAAUGGGGUUCUAUUACGCCGAUGUAAAGAAUUGGACGGAGCAUGGCGGAUUUUUCCCUCACGGGUUUGGUGGCGCAUGGGCAGGGGCAGCCACUUGCUUUUACGCAUACAUCGGAUUUGAAGGUAUUGCAACCGCUGGCGAAGAAGCUAAAAACCCCGAGAAAUCCAUUCCCAUAGCAACCAUUUUAUCUUUGGGCACUGUCACUGUUUUAUACGUACUUGUGACGAGCGUUUUGACCUUGAUGGUCCCCUAUACAGACGUAGAUCCGAAUGCGGCGUUUCCAUUUGCGUUCGCAGCACAAGGUGCAGAAUGGGCGAAAUAUGUUGUUGCCUUAGGCACGUUAUUUGGAAUCACCACUUCUCUACUAGGCGGCGCUUUCUCUCUACCGCGGGCCGUCUAUUCCAUGGCAGCAGAUGGCUUGCUCUUCCAGAUCUUUGCCUACGUUCAUCCAAAAACGCAAACACCCAUCUGGGGGAUCCUCUGCUUCGGUUUGCUCUCGGCCCUGAUGGCCCUUCUGUUUGAAAUAGAGACUCUGGUAGAGUUCAUGUCCAUCGGAACUAUCUUAGCGUAUACCAUUGUCGCUGUGUCUGUAAUCAUCCUAAGAUAUGCACCCGUUCACAAAUGUCAAUUCAAACUGAAACCUCAAGAAGAAAAAGCAGACGAUAAUACCAGCAUGAGUGAAGAAAGCGCGAUCAUGAAGAAAUCCAAAAGUCAUGAUGACUUUGGCAAACUGAAAGAUCAUUUAAGACAUUUACCAAUAUUAAAAUCAUUUGAUCCUGGAAAUGCCACUAUUUUAGCAAUCUUGUUGAUGGUGGUGGCAAUAAUUUGUUUCUGUGCCAUCCUGGUGCCCGGAUAUCAAUAUUUGGCAGAUGGUGCUUGGUGGGCAAUCGUUUUAGAGAUCAUUUUUGGUGCAAUAAUAGUCCUAUGUUUUCUGAUAUUGAUCGCCCAUGAGAAGAACGAUGCCUUCCUAACUUUUCAGAUUCCAUUUGUUCCAUUAAUUCCCUGUCUCAGCAUUUUUUGCAACAUCACCCUAAUGAUGAAGCUAAACUAUUUAACGUGGAUACGGCUAGCAAUAUGGCUGGUUAUAGGUUUAUUGGUGUACUUUCUAUAUGGUGUUUGGCAUAGCCGAGAGCGGGAGACGCCUCAGUACGGGGAAAUCGUGGGGUAUACAGGGGACGCCAGUAUAUCUUGUAGCACCAUAAGCAAAAUGGAGGAGGAAAUCGUUCAACAGCAGCCUAAACGCGCCGAAGGCGAGGAAGUUCAUAUAGGCGUCGGUGAAUUAUAAAAAAAACCCUAAUAUGUUCUAAUCUGCUUUAUAACCAAAGAGCCGUGAGAAAGACAUCAAGGUUCAGAAAUGACGUAUGGAUCUUCAAUCUGUUUUUUUUCAUGGCUGUUGAGGAAAAACAUCAAAACACAACAUUCGUGACAUUCAUUUCCACUGUUUGAACAAAAUCGUAAAGUUUCUCAAAUUAGGAUAUAUGAAACUUUUGCAAGUUUUUUUUCUAUUUCUGCUCAAAAGCAAUUAAUCGCAGCAAAUACCGCUGGCUGCAUAAUACUGUUAUAGUAAAACGUAUUUACUUCGCUCGGGAAAUACUGUCUUGGUACUUGUAAAAUAUUACAUAUAUUUAAUAUAUUUUUGUGCCAAUAGAUAGAAAAUAUGUUUUAUUACAUUACUGCUCAAAAGCAAUUAUGGUAUAAAUACAAAGGGAAAAGUUCUAAAUAUAUUCUUUAUGAGGUACUAAUGAGAGUUUAAUUACAUGAAGAAUGCAUCUUUUUAUUUUUAGUUUCAACAGGUGAAUACUUAUUUUAGCCUAAUUGUUCUUUUUAUUUUUAGUUUCAACAGAUGAAUACUUGUUUUUAGCUUAAUUGUUCUUCAAUUUAAAGAUUUACAAGGAGCUAGGUAAAGUGAAAAAUCAUUAACUUCAACAAAUAUGUGUUGUAACAAAUAAUGAACGACAUAAAGUUUGUAGGAAAUAAAAUAAAAUAUAGAUAUUGGGGGCACAUUCACAGUAUCUCAAAUUCAGUGAGUUCCCAUGUACAUGUACUUGUUUUUGUAAUAAAAUAAUACCCCAAAAUACAAUAAUAACGUGUUGUUAUCAUACUAUAUGGGGGGAAAUUUUUCAGAAGUUUCUAUUGAUUUUUGUUUUAAUGCUGAUGGGUUCGGUUAAGCUUAUGGUAGUUUUCUAGACAUAAGUAUAGAGGGUAGUUGAAUAUAUAGACUGUAAAUGUAGAAUUCCUUAUUUUCUGUGUUGAUAUCAUGUUCGCCAAAACUACAACUAUUUAUUGUUUCAUGUUAUUUCAGAGAUAUAUAUGUAUAUUACUGUUGUCUUCAUUAAAAGAAAUACUGUU